AAAGCAUGUCUUUCCUAUGGCUAUUCAUUCUUCCUAUUCUCACCGUAGAUAACAAUCAGAUCAAGCAUUUGCUAGAAAAACUGUGUAACACCACAAGAUUCUCUUCAACGAGUAUAAAUUUAAACGAAACUUGUGCAUAUGAUGGAUUUCACACCACCCACAACGACCCCAUACCUGUUCCGAUAUCACUUCCCGCAAAUCCGCACGUUAACACAAACUACCUGGAAGGCUCUGCGAUAUGGAAAGCAAUUUAUGAUGUAAGAAAGGACACAACGCAUACAAGACUGGUCAAUGGCAUGCAUUUCAGCACAUUCGUCUACAUAUGUAAAAACUAUCACGAUCAAGGUGACAACACGUACUUGCCGAAUAAAAAACUGUUCCAGGAAAAAUAUUCAAAAGAAAAACAUGAGGACUUCCUGUUGCUGCGCGAGAGCAUGCUCAAAACUAUCGGAUUCUGUAACUUAAACUCCUUAGGUCUUCGUAGGGAGGAACUAAAGCUGCUGGAAUCGAUCAAGAAGAGCCUUGAAAAUGCAUCACUGGUAAAACUGGAUGAGAAAAGAGUUGAUGACAUGCAGAAAUGUUUACAGAUACUAAACUGUGUGAACUGUGCACGAUGUAAAUUGUGGGGAAAGUUGAAGUUCAUUGGGCUGAUGUGCGCAAUCAAACUGCAAAACCGGUGGGACAAAAUCGAUUUUGAUGAAUUUGUGUGCUUUGUGAAUUUCACUAAUCACUUGGUUGUUGCCCAAGAUACGGUGGAGAAUGAAUUCAAAUAAACGUAGAAUUGCUGGCACA